CAAGCCUUUCAUUUUAUUUCAGUCUAUUCAAUCCAUUCAUUCAUCUAUUUCAAAAUACACCAACAUUAUUGUUUCCUACAGAUGCACAUGCACUUAUACUUCAACUUCUACAAACUUCAACAACCCUCUUGAGGCACUUGUCAAUCCUUAUAAAUACCGUGCAACAUCCCCGCAUUUUAUUGUUCUUUGACAUUCAUCAUUCUUUUGCUUAAUUUUCAUUUAGCUUUCAUCCUCGCCUUCACUUCCUCUCUUCACUUUCCAAGCGUCUUUGCUAUAGCCUCGCCCUCCCCACUCUUCAAAUACACUCUAUCAAAGUCAAAAUGAAGUCGCCUACUCCCUCCAUCCACAAGCACGAUCCCGAACUCGAGGCCUCCGUUGGCAAGGACGGUAUUGACUACUCCCACGUUCACUUGAUCCGUAAUGCCUCUGUCGCCAGAUUGUACGAGGAUGCCCUUCGCUACGAGGCUGGCACCUAUGUCUCCUCCACUGGUGCCCUCGUCACCUCCUCCGGAAAGAAGACUGGUCGCUCACCCAAGGACAAGCGUAUUGUUGACGAGUCCUCAACCACUGAGGAUAUCUGGUGGGGCCCUGUUAACACAAAGAUGACCGAGCAAUCCUUCUUGAUUAACCACGAGCGUGCUGUUGACUACUUGAACACCCGUGAGCGUCUCUAUGUCUUUGACGGAUUUGCUGGCUGGGACCCCAAGUACCGCAUCAAGAUUCGCGUUGUCUGCGCCCGCGCUUACCAUUGCUUGUUCAUGCGCAACAUGUUGAUUCGUCCCACUGAGGAGGAGCUCAAGAACUAUGGCGAACCCGACUUCACCAUCCUCAACGCUGGUGCCUUCCCCGCCAACAGAUACACCACUGGCAUGACCUCCACCACCUCAGUCUCUAUCAACUUCAAGCUUCGUCAGAUGGUCAUUCUCGGAACUGAAUAUGCAGGAGAGAUGAAGAAGGGUGUCUUCACCAUCAUGCACUACCUUAUGCCAAAGGCUGGCGUUCUUUCCCUUCACUCCUCUGCCAACCAGGGCCCUGAAGGAGAUACCUCUCUCUUCUUCGGUCUCUCUGGAACUGGAAAGACCACCCUCUCUGCCGAUCCCGCCCGCGCCUUGAUUGGAGAUGAUGAGCACGUCUGGACCGACACUGGAGUCUUCAACAUUGAGGGAGGAUGCUACGCCAAAUGCAUUGAUCUUUCAGCUGAGAAGGAGCCAGAGAUUUUCGGCGCCAUCCGCUUCGGUUCUGUUCUCGAGAACGUUGUCUUUGAUGAAGAUACUCGCAUUGUCGAUUACGCUGACAAGUCUCUUACCGAGAACACCCGCUGCGCUUACCCCAUCGAGUACAUUCCUAACGCUCUCUUGCCCUGCAUUGGAGCUCACCCCAAGAACAUCAUCAUGUUGACCUGCGAUGCCUUCGGUGUCCUCCCCCCUGUCUCCAAGUUGACCUCUGCCCAGGCCAUGUACCACUUCAUCUCUGGUUACACUGCAAAGAUCGCAGGUACGGAAGAGGGCGUCACUGAGCCCGAGGCCACCUUCUCUGCUUGCUUCGGUCAGCCCUUCUUGGUUCUCCACCCAACUCAGUAUGCCACCAUGUUGGCUCAAAAGAUGCAGGAGCACAAGGCUGAUGCCUGGUUGAUCAACACUGGCUGGAACGGUGGUGUCUAUGGAGUUGGAAAGCGUAUUGCUCUCAAGUACUCUCGUGCCAUCAUCGAUGCUAUCCACAGCGGAGAGCUCAAGAACGCUGAAUACGAGACCUACCCCGUGUUUGGCCUUGAGAUCCCCAAGGCCGUCAGUGGUGUCCCCGCCGAGGUCUUGAACCCAUCUGUUGCCUGGCAAGGAACCCCUGAGGAGUACAACGCCACCGUCACCAAGUUGGCUAACCUCUUCAACGAGAACUUUGGCAAGUAUGCUGAUCAGGCUACUGAGGAUGUUAUCGCUUCCGGCCCCAAGCUUUAAACAAACCAAGC